AUGGCGGAGGCCGCAAGAGCACGAGCGGCGCCUCUCCACCGCGGCCUCCCCGAUGAGAUCUCCAUCUGGGAGAUACUCGUCCGCCUGCCCCCCAAGCCCCUCCUCCGCUGUCGCGCCGUCUGCCGCGCUUGGCGCCACGCCACCUCCGCCCGCGACUUCCUCCUCGCCCACCACGGCCACCAGCCCGCUUUCCCACUCCAAUACGAGCUCAGCUCCAGCUCCAGCCUGUCCGUAGACAUCAUACUCUUGGACCACCGGGCGGGGGUCGCCGCCGCCGACAAGCUCCAUUCCGUCGCCCGGCUGGGUUUCGACGAGACCUACAUCCAUCUACAGGCCUCCUGCGACGGUCUCCUCAUCUUCUGCACAGAAGCUGACUCGUGCUUCUCCGCUCCGUUGCACUUCUCCGUCUGCAGCCCGGCCACUCGUCAAUAUGCUCCCCUCCCGCUGCUCCGUGGCUUCUGCCUCGCCGGAAUGUACCCGCACCCUCCUACCGGAGAGUACCGUCUACUGCUCUACCCUGACUCGAUGUUGCCUUAUGACGAACUGCCCCCCGGCGCUCAAGAUGCCUGCUACGUUUACGCGUUGGGCUCCUGCCACCCGCCGAGGCACAUCGGGUGGCCGGAGGUGGAGCUCGAGAUCCAUGCCAUUGUGCCCGCCCUCAUCCGGGGCAGCCUGCACUGGCACAUAGAGCGGGACGAGUACGAAGGAAACAAGAUAAUUGUAUUCGACACCACGACCGAGUCGUUCAGGAAGAUGCGUGCUCCGGCUGUUCCUGGUUCUGCCGACCUGUUUGAGAUGGAUGGAGUGCUCGGCAUGGCCAGCUUUGGCAAUGGAACACUCGAUAUCUGGACGAUGCAGGACUAUGACGGCGAGGUAUGGGCCUUCAAAUACCGGGUUAAAUUACCGGUUGCAGAGCUCACAGAGCGGUUUGGAUUUAACACAUACUAUUCGGAUGUGGUGGUUUCGUCUUGGGAUCACGAUGUGCUCAUUCUCGUCCAGUCUGGCGAGUGGCUACUUCACUUUGACAUCGCUGGCAAGUUGGUCGUAAGCUUCCAUCGCAAAUUACUCCGGGCUACUCAACUUCGUCUCAAACAAACACUUGUUCAACAUACCUUCUUUCCGACAAUAGAGGGCUAUGUUGUGAACACUUUCCCUUUCAUCUCACUAGAUGAUUCUGGUGUCCACACUUAGACUUCCAUCUCAAGGUUGUUCAGUGUGAUGGUGCUUCUUGAAGGCCUAGCUUUUUUGGAU